AAAAAAUCCAUGUAACAAUUUGUACCUGACUAUUUAUCUAGAUUAUAACAUUUUUGAUAACUACCGAUACUCCGUCUAGUUUUGUUAUAGAUUAUACCAAUCUUUUAACAAAACAUGAAAUAUUUUGCUAUAAAAUAUGACAAAGUGUACAUAAAUUUAUAAAAUAAUCUUUACUGUUGACGAUAUAUGAAAAUAAACUUAUAAUAAACUAGUAAUAAAGACUAAAUGUUUAAGAAUAUGCUUAUUCAUUACUUUUUUAUAGAUGGAAAUAAAAGAGUUCUGUUUAAAUGUGUAAAACAAUCUAUAUUAUCACUACCUGCAAUGGCAAAUCUAGCUACGAAGACUAAAACGCAUUAUGAGACGUUGGGAUUGCAACCAACUGCAACUUAUAAUGAAAUAAAGUCUGCAUAUUAUGAAUUGACGUUAAAAUAUCAUCCUGACAAGAAUAAAAGUGAAUCUGCAAAAGAAAUGUUUCAUGAAAUUUCAAAUGCAUAUGAUGUACUUAGUAAAUAUGAAACACGCAAACAAUAUGAUAGAACUCAACUAAUUAAUCAGGAUUUGCAGACUUUGAACAAUAAAAAAUAUGAGAGGUUUAAACCAAAAAACAUCCAACUAUAUAAAAGUCAACCUAGGAAUAUUUUUAAUUUUGAUGAGUGGAUACAGCAACAUUAUAGUCGUACAUUUCAAAAGAAUAUAUCAGCAAAAAAAAGACAAGAGGAAUAUAUGAAAAUUCUGGAGGCUGCAAACAAAAGUCCAGAUCUACUUGUUAUAAUAAUUCUAAUAAUAUUGAUAACAUUAAUAAUCUUCAUUCAUGAACGCAUAAAUAAUAGGAAAUAUGAGGAAUUUAGAGCUGAACAGAAGCGUAGAAAUAAAUAACAAUUGUAUGUUUAAAAUUAGUCUUCAUUUAUAUAAAGAACACAAUAUAAGAAGAAAAUUAUGAUGAAAAAUAUGUCUAUGUGGAACAUAA